AUGCACGUCCACAUCCUCGGCUUCGGCGCCAUUGGCACUCUCGUUGCUCAUCACCUGCGCGCAGCCCUCGACCCAAAACAUGUCAUCUCUAUCAUCCAUCGGUCUCCCGCCGUUUCCCUCAGCGUCGCUGAGGCAGGCGCAUACGCUAGGCUCGAGCAGGAUGGCGUUAUCCUCACCCAACGCAAUUUCCUUCACGAGUCCAGCGAUCCUUUUGAUGACAUCGUCUACAGGAGACUCGAGGUCGAACACCGUCGCCUCAAGGUCAGAGCCUUGCCAGAGGGCGAGCGCAAAGAGCGGCUCUCCAGGGUCGUCAAACCCCAGGAGCCAACGCGCAUUCACUCGCUCAUAGUUGCAACAAAGGCUCCUGUUGCUGUCAAGGGCAUCCGAAUGCUCUUGCCACGUCUCUCGCCAGACAGCACGAUUGUUCUCUUGCACAACGGCAUGGGUGUCUACGAAGAACUCAUGCGCACUACGUUCCGCAACAGCGAGCAGCGCCCCAACAUUGUCGUCUCCGUCAACACGCACGGUGCGUGGCUGAAGAACCCCGCACACGUCGUUCACACUGGCGUCGGCGCCAUCCAGCUCGGCAUCAUGCCUGACGGGCGCGGGCGCGACUUUGAAGCCAGUCUCGAUACAUCCCUACCCAAGGAGGACCAGAAACUCAAUUUGGACGAUAUCACACCGCUCCUGGAUGACACGCAGGCUCCGCGCUACAUCUCGCUGCGCAACACAAUGUCCGCACUCAUGUCUAUGUCCGCACUCAACGUCUCCUGGAAUCCAAUCUACGACAUUCAGCUCGCCAUGCGUCGCAAGCUCGUCGUCAACUCCGUCAUCAACCCUAUUACUGCGCUUCUUUCCUGUAGGAACGGCCAGCUCUUCGAGUCGGUCCCCGCCCGGCGCCUGUGCUAUCAACUUUGCAGGGAAGCGUCUCGGGUCUUCUACGCGCAAUGGCGUGCAGAGCUCAGGGAUCUGGAACCCCCGAACUCAAGAAUGUUCAGCAAGCUGGAGAACCGGUUUCCUCGCGAACUCUCAGCGGGGGGCCUCGUGGAAGAGUGCCAACGCGUGGCGCAGCUCACGCGGAACAACUUCUCGUCAAUGCUCGUCGAUGUUCGCAAAAACCAGAAUACUGAAGUGGCGUAUAUGAACGGGUACAUCGUUCACCUUGCGAAGAAAUACGAUGUCCGCGUGCCCACAAUGCAAGCCCUGCUGGAUCUCGUCUAUUUGCGGACCUCGAUUCCGCUGGACUUGCCCGUUGAUGUUCAGUCCGUGCUAUAG